AUGCGACAGCUGGCGCGCGACCUUCCGGGGCUCAGCCUCGCUCUCUCCCUCCACGCGCCCACGCAGGAACUCCGCCAGAAGAUCGUCCCCUCAGCGAAGAACGUGCCCAUGGAAGAGCUCUUGGCCGCCAUGGACCUGCACUUAGAGACGAAGACGGCACGUGCCAUGAUUGAGUACGUGCUUCUGGCCGACGUCAACGACACCGACGACUGCGCCAAGGAGUUGGGUCAGCUUUUGGCUCCACGAGCCCGCAAGGUCAUGGUGAAUCUCAUUCCCUACAAUCCUGGCGCCUCGUCCAUGCCGGACGGCUUCCGUGCGCCACAGCAUCAGCGCGUGGAACGCUUUCAGCAAAUCCUCGCGAACUGCAGCAUCAU